AUGGAUCAAAUAUCUACCAGCUUUUCUAGUCCUUACAGAAUUUCAUGCCAAAAACUGGGAACCUUCAGAAUUGUUUUCAAACGUGGAAACUUGGUUGGAGAUGACCAUCCUCUGCCUGUUGUAGCAGAAGUGGGACUGUCGCUUAGAUGCAACUUUCCUUCCACUAUUGUACUAAUAGCUAAUGAACCUGCGAAUAAACUUGAUGUUAUUUGGAGUGCAAUUCAAGCUGACCGUGGUCCAGGUCGAGUGCGUGCUACUCCUAUCAUUGUAGCAAAUGGGCGCACUAUUCGAGUAUCUUCAAUAGGUAUAAGUGAUUCUGGAAAAGCUUUUGGAAACUCAUCUGCUCUCCAUUUAAGUUGGGAACUCAUCAAUUGUGAUGGUUUGGCAUCUUUGGGUGAUGCCUAUGAUUUAGCAACAUCCAAAUCCAGCUGGGAGAGGUUUUUGUUAUUGCAGAAUGCGUCAGGAUUGUGCAUUGUUCGUGCUACUGUUUUUGGGUUUUCUGAUAACAUGGUUGAUGAUCAUUCUACUGUACCAUUUGAAAACUUGGAGAGUAAUCUUACAGAUGAUGUAUGUUUAUAG